UUCCAAAAACAAGAAAUGAGCCGUCAGUUCGACAGUAUCGAAACGUCAACAUUUUCGCGAGACGUCAAAAGAAAAAAAGAGUGCAAAAACGACUCGACGAUCAUCCAGCGAGAGAUCCUUCACUUUUCCCCAUCGCAGUCCAUCAUGGCGGCUUUCGUAGGAAGAAUUUGUGGAUCCGGCUUAUUAAACUCGAAAAGCGGUGUUACCUUGCAGAAGGUACAACAAUUCUCGACAAGCCGGCCCUGGACGAGAAGUCAAAAGCUAGCCACCGCCGCCGGCAUCACUGUCGGAGGAGCCGCUGCCCUGCUCUAUGCCCUGGAACAAUCGGUAUCCGCUUCGGGAACUGAAGUACACGCUCCAGAACUGCCAUGGAGCCACAAGGGGGUGUUCAAUUCUCUGGACCACGCUUCGGUUCGACGUGGCUACGAAGUGUACAAGCAAGUAUGCGCUGCCUGCCACUCGAUGCGGUUCAUCGCCUACCGUAACCUGGUCGGCGUAUCGCAUACCGAAGCUGAAGCUAAGGCCGAAGCUGCCGAAAUUACGGUUAGGGAUGGCCCCGAUGACACCGGCAACUACUUCGAUCGACCGGGAAAGCUGUCGGAUUACUUCCCGAGUCCAUACCCCAACGAGGAGGCAGCUCGUGCUGCCAACAACGGUGCUUAUCCACCGGAUCUAAGCUACAUCGCCCUGGCUCGUCACGGUGGCGAGGACUAUCUGUUCGCUCUACUGACUGGCUACUGCGAUGCCCCGGCCGGUAUCGUUUUGCGUGACGGGCAGUAUUACAAUCCCUACUUCCCAGGAGGUGCUAUUUCGAUGGCCCAGGCGUUGUUUAACGAGUCCGCGGAAUAUACCGAUGGAACGCCAGCUUCCGCUGCCCAGCUGGCCAAGGAUGUGUCUACCUUCUUGGUGUGGUCCGCCGAUCCGUGCCACGAUGAGCGCAAACGCAUGGGCAUCAAAUCGCUGGGUAUUUUCCUGGUGCUCGGUUCGCUCGUGUACUACCUGAAGCGACACAAGUGGGCCGCCCUUAAGACUAGGAAGAUUGCGUUUUAUCCUAAACAAAAGUAGACGCUAAAAUGUAGGUAAACGUAACGGGUGAUCCGAGGGGUGCCGAUGUGACGUAUUAGCAAAAGCCAGAACAAAUACCGCGUUGGAAAUAUGCAUUCGUUUUCAAUUUGAAACACUGAAAAUCAAGCUGCAACAUCUAAAUGUUUUACAAACCAAAAAACGCAAUUAAUUACGAUUAUUGUACAAUUAUAUCGAAACACUACACUGAGAACGGAGACAGAAUAAAUCACUACCAUCAAUACAAGUACAUACUGCUGAGAUUGUAAUGUUUCAGAAGGGCACCGCUAACAUCCAAGGAAAGGGGAGACAACGAUCGGGAUUCAAUGUGGCCACUUCGAUGAGGAGAGAAGGAGAACGCAAAUAAAGCAACGUGUUGUUAGUAUAAAUCCA